ACGGACGGGCUGCCGCUCCCCCUGCCGCUCCUCCGGCCCCCAGAGGCCUGUCUGUUUGCCUCCCGGCGCUGUCUGACCCAGGUGAGCGAGAGGAUGCUGGCGGGGGGCGCGAGGAGCAUGCCCAGCCCCCUCCUGGCCUGCUGGCAGCCCAUCCUCCUGCUGGUGCUGGGCUCGGUGCUGUCAGGAUCGGCCACGGGCUGCCCACCCCGCUGCGAGUGCUCCGCCCAGGACCGCGCGGUGCUCUGCCACCGGAAGCGCUUCGUGGCGGUGCCGGAAGGCAUCCCCACCGAGACCCGCCUGCUGGACCUGGGCAAGAACCGCAUCAAAACGCUCAACCAGGACGAGUUUGCCAGCUUCCCGCACCUGGAGGAGCUGGAGCUCAACGAGAACAUCGUGAGCGCCGUGGAGCCUGGCGCCUUCAACAACCUCUUCAACCUCCGGACGCUGGGGCUCCGCAGCAACCGCCUGAAGCUCAUCCCCCUGGGCGUCUUCACCGGCCUCAGUAACCUGACCAAGCUGGACAUCAGCGAGAACAAGAUCGUCAUCCUGCUGGACUACAUGUUCCAGGACCUGUACAACCUCAAGUCGCUGGAGGUUGGCGACAACGACCUCGUCUACAUCUCCCACCGAGCCUUCAGCGGCCUCAAUAGCCUGGAGCAGCUGACGCUGGAGAAAUGCAAUCUGACCUCCAUCCCCACGGAGGCGCUGUCCCACCUGCACGGUCUCAUCGUCCUGCGGCUGCGGCACCUCAACAUCAAUGCCAUCCGGGACUAUUCCUUCAAGAGGCUGUACCGGCUCAAGGUCUUGGAGAUCUCGCACUGGCCCUACCUGGACACCAUGACUCCCAACUGCCUCUACGGCCUCAACCUGACGUCCCUGUCCAUCACACACUGCAACCUGACCGCUGUGCCCUACCUGGCCGUGCGCCACCUGGUCUAUCUCCGCUUCCUCAACCUCUCCUACAACCCCAUCAGCACCAUCGAGGGCUCCAUGUUGCAUGAGCUGCUCAGGCUGCAGGAGAUCCAGCUGGUGGGCGGGCAGCUGGCUGUAGUGGAGCCCUACGCCUUUCGCGGCCUCAACUACCUGCGCGUGCUCAAUGUCUCCGGCAACCAGCUGACCACGCUGGAGGAGUCGGCCUUCCACUCGGUGGGCAACCUGGAGACCCUCAUCCUGGACUCUAACCCGCUGGCCUGCGACUGCCGGCUCCUGUGGGUGUUCCGGCGCCGCUGGCGGCUCAACUUCAACCGGCAGCAGCCCACGUGUGCCACGCCCGAGUUCGUCCAGGGCAAGGAGUUCAAGGACUUCCCCGACGUGCUCCUGCCCAAUUACUUCACCUGCCGCCGCGCCCGCAUCCGGGACCGCAAGGCCCAGCAGGUGUUCGUGGACGAGGGCCACACGGUGCAGUUCGUGUGCCGGGCGGAUGGCGACCCACCACCCGCCAUCCUCUGGCUCUCGCCCCGCAAGCACCUGGUCUCAGCCAAGAGCAACGGGCGACUCACGGUCUUCCCUGACGGCACGCUGGAGGUGCGCUACGCCCAGGUACAGGACAACGGCACGUACCUGUGCAUCGCGGCCAACGCGGGCGGCAACGACUCCAUGCCUGCCCACCUGCAUGUGCGCAGCUACUCGCCGGAUUGGCCCCAUCAGCCCAACAAGACCUUCGCCUUCAUCUCCAACCAGCCGGGCGAGGGAGAGGCCAACAGCACCCGUGCCACCGUGCCUUUCCCCUUCGACAUCAAGACCCUCAUCAUUGCCACCACCAUGGGCUUCAUCUCUUUCCUGGGCGUCGUCCUCUUCUGUCUGGUGCUGCUGUUUCUCUGGAGCCGGGGCAAGGGCAACACGAAGCACAACAUCGAAAUUGAGUACGUGCCCCGCAAGUCGGACGCAGGCAUCAGCUCCGCCGACGCGCCUCGCAAGUUCAACAUGAAGAUGAUAUGA